CUCAGGCAACACUGCGACGGCGCAACUCAACCACAAUACAAACAGACUCUCCCACCAUUCCGACACCUCUCCUCCCCCACCGCAGUCGCAGUCGCACCAGCCGCCCGAAUCAAACCCCCUUGCUUGAACAACCUAAACGCCCCAAGAUGGAGGGCCACAAAUCACCCACCCCUCCUCUCACAACACCCACGACAUCCACGCUCUUCACCUUCCUCGCUCUCUACCUAACCACCCUCUUCUCUCUCGAUACCUGGGCCGCUGCACGGGGCUCACCUUACCGCGCACCAGGCAACACCUCCUCCUUCUACCGGCCGGGCGCCACGCCACCGGCGCCGGAUAGUUACCAAGGCGGUAUGCAUGGGCGGGGGAACGCUGGGCCUGGAACGGGAGGAGGAGGAAGAGGGGGAGGGGGUAGAGAUGUCGGGAGGGUUGCACAAGCGAGAGAUUCUAGGCCGCCGAUUAAGAUGGGUGGAAGUGCUGCAUGUGGUGCUUGUAUGAUCUAGAGAAGAUAUGCAACGGUAACAGGGCAUUUCUCGGUUUGUAAAUGUGUUUACAGAUGGUGGUUUACACCAUCAAGGCUGACUCUAGAUGAUUGGUGUGGUUUUUGUGAGUACAUGUUAUAAAUACCUACUACAAGUGCAUCGCAAUCACUGGAAAACCGCGACGUGAUUCAUAUCAAAAAUACAUUCAUUGCUC